CCGACACAUGCACCCAGACGUGCUCGCGUCGUGCAGAAAGCUCACAGCACGGCUCCGGGUCAAGAGCUGGCCCUGGGGGAAGGGUCGGGACUUCCGAAGACCACGUGCCGAGAACAUUGGGACGUCGCAUGUCUGGGUGCAGGUGCCCCUGGCACCAGGUGCCCCAAGCGUUUCGCUCCAUUUUCAGGAGCCCUUGGGGCCGCUGGGCCUCGUGGUGGGGGUGCUCUGGGGGCCGUGGGAGCCUCCCUGGCAAUCCUGGGGGCACCUUGGGCCAGGGGGCACUUCUAGCAACACCCGACGAUCAUCUUCUCCCUGUCGCCGGGCACGGGCACCUGCAUAUCGCUGGCGUCCUUCCACGAGCGGGACUACAGGCCGGGGGAGGGGACGGCAGCGCUGCCGCGGCUCGUGCUGGAGAGCCCGCGUCGCCACGGCCCGGUUCUCGCCGGGGGCUGUUCGCAGACUGCGCGCUGGUGGCCUUCUGCAACUCGGCGUUCUCCCUGUUCGGCGGCCUUGUGGUGUUCUCGGUCGUGGGCAAUCUGGCCGCCACGCAGGGCAAGGCCGUAGAGGAAGUCGCGGCGUCCGGCGAGGGCCUGGCUUUCAUAGUCUUCGCGCAGGGCCUCGGGCAGAUGGGCAGCGGCGUUGCCCCGUCCGUGCUGUCGGCUCUGUUCUUUCUGACCCUGUUUCUGCUGGGGCUCGACUCCUCGUUCGCGGUCGUUGAGACCCUGCAGACCUACCUGAACGACUGGAUGAUGUCGCGCAACCCAGGGGUCAAGCUCUCGGUGAGGGGCAACGCCCUGCGUCUCGUGCUGCUGUGCACCGCCCUCCUGCUCAUAGGCCUUCCGUACGUGACCCGCGAGGGGUACCUGCUGCUCGAGGUCCCCAAGGGGGGACGGGCAGAGUUGCCUACGCCCUUGCGGGAAGAGCCGGAGAUGCGAGGGCAGGAGCGAGUCGGAGGAACGGAGCGGGAGGAGACGAGGGCGGAGGGUCGCAUCGCUCUCGGAGAUCCCGAGGUCGCGGACCACUGGGUGACGACGUACUGCCUCACGAUAGGCGUCCUGCUGGAGUACAUCAUGCUGGGCUACGUCUACACGGCCGAGCAGGUCCUGCAGGACGUGGAGGCCUCCACCGGCGUGGCCCUCCCCCGCUUCUUCACGCACCAGAUCCGCUACGUGGCCCCGGCGCUGCUGACGCUGGUCGUCGGCCUGCUGGUGCUCUCGGAGGCGUCCUCGGACUCGAUGUCGGGAUACCCGACCUCGACGGUGUGCCUGUUCGGGAUAUUCCCGAUCCUGUUCGCGCUCUCCACCGCGCUGUGGCCCGCGGUGCAGUUCCGGCUCCGUCGCCUGCUGCGGGGCUCCGCGCUGACUCCCGAGGGCCUGGAGGCCGCGCGGCAGCGCGCACGAGGUCCUGGCUUCCAGACCUUUCGGGAGGAGGACAUGAUCGAAUCGACUCCGACUGGGUCCGCGCCCCUGGCGUUGAAUCGAGCGUGAGGGGCUCUGAACACAUCAUAGCCACCAUCAUCAGCAUCGUCCGCUUUCUCUGCGCAAUCCGAGCCUUGAUCAGAUUUGCCUCCAGCUGGAAGCAGCAUCAGACUUCAUCGUUGACGUCUUCGUCCUCGCCAGGAUAACAUUCGGCGCCUUGAGGAGGAGAAGGAGGAGUGAGUGUGUGAGUGAGUGAGUGAGUGAGUGAGUGAGU